AUGAUGAUGACUAAUGGUAGUGAAGCAGUUGAGGAGCAGCAACACGACAAAAUAAGAAAUGAUUCCCAAGAGGAUGAAGUGGACGAAAUGGACGAACCAGAAGGAGAAGCAAACUUGGCCAAGAGCGAAGAGGCGAGUCAAGGCAAGAAGAAUUCCAAUAAGAGGGAUAAAAAAAUGGAGAAAAAAAAUAUAAAGGAAAGUUUGAAGGAAAAAGAGAGGAUGAUGGAUGACUCAGAGGAGAGCGAAGAAUGUUCUGGAUCCUCGAUGGAAGAAAAAAGUUCAGAUGAAAAUCCACAGGAUGGACAACAGAUAUCAUCCAUCGUCUCUUUUUUGAAAAGAAAUGAAUCGACUCAGGGACCCAAUGGAGAAAACGGUUACAAAGUCAGUGAAAUUGGGAAGAGAGCCAGUGCAGCCACGAAGAAACUUAGAAGAAGUAAUGAAAAAAACAAAGAAGAUAAAAUUAAGCGAACCGUUUUCGUUGGAAAUCUCCCAUUAAAAGAUAUGCACAAGCUGAAGUUGUUAAAAAUUUUGGGGAUUAAGAAUUCCAUGGUCGAAUCGGUAAGGUUUCGAUGCCAACCCUUGGAAGAAGCCUACGCAAGUAGGAAGAAGCUCGGGACCAUUCUGAAGAAGUUCACCGAUGUCAAAGAUAAUCAGAACGCUAUAAUUACACUGAAGAAAGAGGAGGAUUUGUCUGUCUUACUAAAAAAAAACGGAAUCGUGUAUGACGGCUACGUAAUACGAAUUAACAUGCUUGGAGAGAAACCAAACUUUAACAGAAAGAAAUCUGUAUGUGUAAAGAAUUUGGAUCGAAAAUUGAAUGAAUCUGAUUUAUAUGAACUCAUGAAGGAGGUCGAUGAAAUAAAAGGAAUUAGGAUUUUGAGAGACGAAAAAACUAGUGUUUCAACGGGAGUAUCAUUUGUCCUCUUUAACAACAGAGGUUCUGUCAAGAAGGCCAUCGAAAUGUUCGAUGGGCACACAGUGAAUGGAAGGGAAAUCGUCGUUCAGAAGGUUCUAGGAUCGAAGGACGCGUCAGGGAAAACCAAAGUGGAAAGGAAAAAUAAGAACCCGAUAAAGAAAACCACUCGGAAGAAUAUAAUGAAGGAUCACAAAAGUGGUUUCAAAAGUGGUUUCAAAAAUGGUUUCAAAAAUGGUUUUAAAAAUGGUUUUAAAAAUGGCCUUAAAAAUGGCCUUAAAAAUGGCUUCAGAAAGAGUCGUAAAAAGAAAUACCCAAGAAAGAAACGCAAGGGAAGUGCCAAUGUUGCACAGGGGGGAUGA